AAAAAGCCACCGCCUACCCACCAUGCCAGGAGUGCUGGGUCUCCCUAUACUCUGCUGCCUUCUUCUCCCUUGGGCGGCCACCACCUUCCACGGAGCACUUGGGGAGCCAGCACCCAACGCGGGCCCCCACUACCUCCUGCCCCCCAUCCACGAGGUGGUUCACUCUCGUCGCGGGGCCACCGCCACGCUGCCCUGCGUCCUGGGCGCGCCGCCCCCCAGCUACAAGGUCCGCUGGAGCAAAGUGGAGCCGGGGGAACUGCGGGAGACGCUCAUCCUCAUCACCAACGGGCUGCACGCGCGCGACUACGGCGCCCUGGGGGGGCGCGCCCGGCUGCGGAAGGGCCACCGGUUAGACGCUUCGCUGGUCAUCGUGGGGGUACGCCUGGAGGACGAGGGCCGGUACCGCUGCGAACUCAUCAACGGCCUCGACGACGAGAGCGUGGCGCUUAGCCUGCGCCUGGAGGGUGUGGUCUUCCCGUACCAGCCCAGCCGGGGCCGGUACCAGUUCAACUACUACGAGGCGAAGCAGGCGUGCGAGCAGCAGGACGCGCGCUUGGCCACCUACGCGCAGCUGUACCAGGCCUGGACCGAGGGUCUGGACUGGUGUAACGCGGGCUGGCUGCUCGAGGGCUCCGUGCGCUACCCCGUGCUCACGGCGCGCGCUCCGUGCGGCGGCCGAGGGCGGCCCGGGAUCCGCAGCUACGGUCCGCGCGACCGCAAGCGCGACCGCUACGACGCCUUCUGCUUUACCUCGGCGCUGGCAGGCCAGGUGUUCUUCGUGCCUGGGAGGCUGACGCUGUCAGAAGCCCAUGCGGAGUGCGACCGGCACGGGGCCACAGUGGCCAAAGUCGGACACCUCUACGCCGCCUGGAAGUUCUCGAGGAUGGACCAGUGUGUCGGGGGCUGGCUGGCGGACGGCAGCGUGCGCUUCCCCAUCACCACACCGAGGCCGCGUUGCGGGGGGCUCCCGGACCCCGGAGUGCGCAGCUUCGGUUUCCCCAAACCCCAGCAGGCACUCUACGGGACUUACUGCUACUCUGAGUAGGGACCCCCGCACCUUCCAACCACGGGAGUCUCCCAUGGCCACGUCCCCACGAGCCUCCCCUGCAGCCGGCCGAGGUGCAGCGGCCCCACCUGCCUUCCCCAGGAAAACUGGGGCCGCAGAUCCCCGCUGGCCGGGCUUCCGAGAACGGAGGCUGUGGCGCUGCAGGUCACAGGAUGUGAAUGAGGCCUUUGGACACCUCCAGGACCCGGCUAGGUCGUCGGGCCGCUGAAGACCAGCCAGCUACUGCUUGGGGGCAGAGGGACGCCCAGGCGGCAUUAACUGACCUCUGUGUACAGCAAUAAAAUAACUUGGAAAAUGUG